AUGAAAUUCAUAGAAUUUAUCUUUAUUUUACACGGAAUAGAAAAAAUAUACAAAGACUGUUCAGAUAUUGUAAAAAGAGACCCAAGCAAGAAAGGACAAGAUGGUGUGUACGUAAUUUACUCUGACAUCCAGAGAGAGGUAUACUGUGGCAUGACAACAGAUGGAGGAGGGUGGACUGUCAUUCAAAAACGACAGGAUGGUGAGCUGAACUUUUACAAGACAUGGAUAAUGUACAAAAAUGGAUUUGGGGAUGCCUCUAAUAACUAUUGGAUAGGGAAUGCAGCAAUCUACGCUUUAACAAGAGACCAAAACCAAGAACUCCGAAUUGAUCUCAAGAGAUAUGAUGGCGAACAGGCUUAUGCUGUGUAUUCCACAUUUUACAUAGGAGAUGAAGACAAUAAAUAUACACUUACAGUGUCUGGAUACAACGGAACAGCGAGUGACAGUUUGUCGUAUAACAAUGGAAUGAAAUUUACAACAAAAGAUCAGGACAAUGACCAGAGUAGUAACGAGAACUGUGGUGUAACAUAUUACGGGGGGUGGUGGUAUAAAGGGUGUUCCUACUCAAAUCUAAACGGAAUGUACGCCCAGUCCGGCGUGUCUGAUUGGUGGUAUAUGAUAUGGUAUUACUGGAAAGGAACAACUGAGACAUUAGAACAAACUUUGAUGAUGGUUAGAAACAAAAACUAA